ACACCCCUGGGAUACGGUGAUCAAAGCUGCUAUGAGAAAGUACCCCAACCCGAUGAAUCCGUGUGUGGUAGGGGUAGACGUCCUCGACAGAAGCCUUGAUAACCAGGGGAGGUUGCACAGUCACCGUCUUCUCAGCACGGAGUGGGGAUUGCCGAGUAUUGUGAAAGCGAUUUUAGGAACAAGUAGAACUCUGACUUACAUUGAGGAACAUUCUGUGGUAGAUCCAGUGGAAAAAAAGAUGGAGCUUUGCUCAACUAAUAUCACUCUCACAAAUUUGGUGUCUGUUGAUGAGAGACUGGUUUACACGCCUCAUCCUGAAAAUCCUGAAAAAACUGUGCUCACCCAAGAAGCAAUUAUUACUGUGAAAGGCAUUAGCUUGAGCAGUUACCUGGAAAGCUUAAUGGCAAACACAAUAUCUUCUAAUGCCAGAAAGGGUCGGGAUGCCCUGGAGUGGGUGAUCAGCAAACUAAACGCAGAACUGGAGGAGCUGAAGUCAACGCGCGAGGGCAUGAAACCAGCCAUGGCGGCGGCCUCCACAGAAAAAUAAAGCCAAAAGUACCAAGUAACUGACAGAAAAGUUCUGUUCUGCAGACUGCUUUGUAGAUCUCCCUGCCAAGGCUGAUCUGCACUGUUUUUUUUAUAUUGAUAAGAAUAUUGGAUCAGCGGAAAAGUAACCUCAUCCAUCGUCUCCACAGCAGCUCCCGUUGCCUACUGAAGAUGAAAUUGACCUCCUGCAGAUGCUCUUUUCAUGUAAACGAUUCCUUUUUAACACUGGAAACAAAACAUUUAGCACAUUUACAACUGCCUAAAUGUGCCUUUUAGUAUAGCAGAGAGAGAGAGUAUAUUAUAAUUACACCAUCUUGGUUUUUCGUACUCAAACCUGAAAAG